AUGUCUGGUCGCGGUAAAGGCAAAGCCAAGGGCACAAAAUCCAAAAGCCGUUCUUCUCGCGCGGGGCUGCAAUUUCCAGUCGGUAGAAUCCACCGUCUUCUACGUAAGGGAAACUACGCUGAGCGUGUCGGCGCUGGUGCACCCGUCUACCUCGCUGCUGUCUUGGAGUACUUGUCCGCUGAAAUCUUGGAAUUGGCGGGCAAUGCUGCUCGAGACAACAAGAAAUCAAGAAUCAUUCCACGCCAUCUUCAAUUGGCAGUUCGCAACGACGAAGAACUGAACAAGCUUCUCGCUGGUGUCACGAUCGCUCAAGGAGGCGUUCUUCCGAACAUCCAGGCUGUUCUCCUUCCAAAGAAAACCGACAAGAAAGGAUCCAAGACGUCUUCCCAGAGUCAAGAAUAUUAG